UAUUGCGCAGCCGCGCUGUCAUGUAAACAGCAGCUGGGGUUUGUAGCGAUACAAGGGAAGAAAUCCUCCUAAAAUACCGCAUUUAAAUUAUAGGGGUGGGAGUAUUUUAAUAGAGGGGGUUAAACACACCCUAGCCUUGCUGCUGUUAAAAUCGACGCAGAUAGAGAAUAAAACCGGGGGUCAAUGGUUGUAAGAUUUGGGGUACAACUAGCGACUGGUGUUCGAUCCUGGGAGGCUAACUGUUAAUACAGGGCAAAAAGGGGCAACAAAGACGGGUUUAAAAUUAUUGUUUUAGUUUGGUGAUUCGGAUAUAACGCCGAUCCAGUAUCUUUAAGGGCUGAAACGUAUGUAUCUAUGACUUGACUGGAAUCUGUCACUAACUAAGCUGGUGUGGAGUUCUUUGUGACCGGCUUCGCUUGCUUGUUGUGAGGUAGAGCCUCCAGUAAUGACAAUUGCCUGAUAUGGAAAAGGGGCUGGGUUAAUUUCACAGGUUAUCCAUUAAAAGUAAACAGACGCCAAGACGUUGCUAGAGCAGGAGCAUUACUAGGCCCCGAUUACUCGAAUGAAAAUGAAGGCCGGUGUGGUUUGAUUUUAUUGAGCUCCUACCAGCUGCCGGCGCCACAGUCCCAAGUUCAUAACCACGGCAGCCCGACUGUAAACUUGACGCAAGAUUUGAACACUGAAUAAACCCCUAUCUAUUUCAAGUUAAAUGUGGAGAUGCGAGGUUGCAGCAGAGUGACUUGAGAAGCUGACUGAACGGGGACGGGAUACAAACUAAGCGAAGAGGAACUCAAAGGGAUUUCGUUUGAACACAUUGGACCACAAUCUGUUAGAUGUUAUCAGAAAGCAGGAAGCGCCCUCGGAGCUGUGACGACGAUGACAGCCAGCUUCUCCCACAGUCCAAACGGGACGGAAGCAGCAACCCUCUCUUCCCAGAGCUGGGCCGGGACAUCUGGGAUUCAGAGUCAUCGAGCAGCGACAGUAGUGCAAUCAGCAGCCCGGAAUGUGCUGGGAGCAGCAGCAGCCAGCCUGCCGAGGCAGGAGGAGGCCACUUGAAACUGGGGACUUUCAGCUCCGCUACCUCGUCCUCUGUGCACUUUAACGAAGAGUCUGCCUCGCUGAGCCAGGGCUCCUACCAACGAAUCAACCGCAUCCUGCGAGAGGCACACUUCCACAGCCUGCAGAGCCGCGGGCCCCCGGGAGACACGUGAUUCCCACCUCACCCCCCACCCUCCAGCACCUCUAACACCUUCUGUGAAGGACGGAGGGGGCAGGACCCCUCGCGGCCGCGGGGAAGAAACACGGAUUCCCGUUUGGAGAGUGAGCCCCGAGAGAGUGGAUUUCAAUUCUUUCACAACCUUUGUCCAGUUGACUUCUUCAUUAUCAUCUUCAGUUUGCAUUUUAAUUUAAAUCAUUUCCAAUCCCUCUAUUUCCUUGUCAUAAUAGUUGAGUGUCUUCAACAAGUGCUUCAUUUUAGCAGCCCGAUUGUCACUUCUUAUGGCCUUGCCAGUUAUCUCACUAGCAGGCCAGGUAUUUUUCAAAUUAUUAGAUCAUUUUUGUCUUGUCUACUUGAAUGUGACAAUCGGGCGUCCUCGUAGCUGGGGAAAUGAAAAGCUUACACAAGCUAUUUACAAUAAAAUCAGGACAGUAUUCUUUUGGAUCACUCAAACGUUGAUCACUACCUUUCUGUUCUACUUUGAAGUGACAGCGGGGUCUAAUUACUGAUCUAAACAGCAAGUUUAGAUUUAGAUAAGUUUGAUUUAGAUAAGUGUGAAAUUCCAUUUAUUAAUCCUCAGAUAGGACACAGGACUUCUCUAUUAUAGAUAGCCUCCAUCUGAGAAGGACCAGAAAAGUGCUUCAUUUUAGUUUUUUUGCACUGAAUGCUGGAAAUAAUGCAAGCCACACUAAGGCACACUUGCCCGACGUGACCUGUAUAUAACAGAUCAGCUUGAGGACAUGCAUCUAAAUCAGCUUCCCACUAAUUAUAGCCCAUAGCGUUAGUAGUAACUGUUAAAGAAGGUUUGCUGGUGUAGAGCUAAAGUAAGAGAAGUGUACUACUCAAGAGAAUAUAUACACUGUUUAGACUAUCAUUUUACCCUGCCCAAAAUAUUUUUGUAUGCAUUCUAUAAAGGUUAAUUUUCUUUUAUUGGAAUUUGUUACAUUUAGUUUCUCCCAUUAUAUGUAUACAAAUCAUGUACUGACUCAGAACUUCUGUUUGCUCAGAUUAAGUCAAUAGUUGUUUUGGAUGCACUGUGCAACACAGGGUUAAAAUGCCUCUCUAGCUUUUUGGUCAAUUUUUUUUUUUUGAACCAGACACCAGGCUUGGUGACUGAGUCAGAUAACCUUUAACCUGGUAUCCACAGCCCCACAGCAAG